UCACUAACACUCGUGCGAAACGGACGCGAAUUUUCAUUUGUGCUGCGGAAACCAACAACAACAGACAACAAAUAAAAACAAACGAAAAACAAAACGGUCAAAAUUCCGGGUCAAAAAAUUGAAACGAUGGAAAAAUAAAACGAAAAACAUAGACGCACUAAAAGCUCGGUGAAGUCCUUCGUGGGCGAAACCGAAAUAUAAAAUAAAUCACAGCCACACUUGCUUUUUGUAACUCCUUUUCGCAUUGCGCUGCUCUUGUUUUCCCUUUUAAAUAUAUUUUUUACGAGUUGGAUUCCCGAGAAUUUCCCAUACUCGCGCGUGGUAAACAAGACUCAUUUUUUUAAAGUGUUUGUUUUUUGAAAGUGCAGACAAGCUGACAAGAAAGAGAUAACAACAUAAAAACAGAAACAGAAAGUAAACCAAAGAGUGGCAACAACAAACAAACCAACCAAACGGAAUCAAAGUCAAACAAACGCGAACGCGAAGGAAGCUUCAAAAGAGAGACAAGAGCGCGAAAAGGAGGUGGAGAGGAGCGGCGGAGAAUCUAAGUUCUGUGCAUCGCCGUGCUCCCAUCAAACUAAACUAAAUGUUGCGCUGCGUCGAGGAUUUUAAAUAAAAGGGAACCUGCCGCUCGGAAGUCGUGGCAGAACUGCAGCAAGUGCUGCCGGGCCAAGUUCAAUUAGCCGGAAAACGGACCAUGUGAUCUGCUAUAAAUGCAAUUGUAUAUACACACACACACAUUCGUUGGGAGCAUCGAUAGAUAGGGCCAGUAUAUAAUAUGUCCGGAAAUUAAGUUGACAGUUGAAAAAGAGAGAGAGAGAGAGAGAGAGAGAGAGAGAGCGAGCGAGAGACGGGGGACAGAUCUUGAUCUGGCUUAGAUAUAUAUCGCAUGUGCAGGGCAACGGAAACGGAAGCGUCAGCGGCAACGGAAACAGCAACGGAAGUGGAAACGGAAACAGAAGUGGCUAAGCUAACGUCACACAGUCGGCAAUAAUGACCAAGAAGUACGAGUUCGAUUGGAUCAUUCCGGUUCCACCGGAAUUGACCACGGGCUGCGUUUUCGAUCGCUGGUUCGAAAACGAAAAGGAGACAAAGGAGAAUGACUUUGAGCGCGAUGCCCUCUUCAAGGUCGACGAAUACGGAUUUUUUCUGUACUGGAAAAGCGAGGGCCGGGAUGGCGAUGUCAUAGAACUCUGCCAAGUGAGCGACAUUCGUGCGGGCGGAACACCAAAGGAUCCGAAGAUUCUUGAUAAGGUGACGAAGAAGAACGGCACCAAUAUACCGGAACUGGAUAAGCGAUCUCUGACGAUCUGUUCGAACACGGACUAUAUCAAUAUAACAUAUCACCAUGUUAUUUGUCCAGAUGCGGCAACAGCCAAGAGCUGGCAAAAGAACUUGCGUCUCAUCACGCAUAAUAACCGCGCCACGAAUGUGUGUCCGCGCGUCAACCUGAUGAAGCAUUGGAUGCGAUUGAGUUACUGCGUAGAGAAGAGUGGCAAAAUUCCAGUUAAAACGCUGGCCAAAACCUUCGCAUCCGGCAAAACGGAGAAAUUGGUGUACACGUGCAUAAAGGAUGCCGGUCUGCCCGAUGAUAAAAACGCAACGAUGACCAAGGAGCAGUUCACCUUCGACAAGUUCUACGCCUUGUACCACAAGGUGUGUCCCCGAAACGACAUUGAGGAGCUCUUCACCUCCAUCACAAAGGGCAAGCAGGACUUCAUCAGCUUGGAGCAAUUUAUCCAGUUCAUGAACGACAAACAGCGCGAUCCGCGGAUGAACGAAAUCCUGUACCCUCUCUACGAGGAGAAACGCUGCACGGAGAUCAUCAACGACUACGAGCUAGAUGAGGAGAAAAAGAAGAACGUUCAAAUGUCGCUGGACGGAUUUAAGCGCUACCUAAUGUCCGACGAAAACGCACCCGUAUUCCUGGACCGGCUGGAUUUCUACAUGGAAAUGGAUCAGCCACUGGCCCAUUACUAUAUCAACAGCUCGCAUAACACCUACCUAUCUGGUCGUCAGAUCGGCGGCAAAAGUUCCGUGGAAAUGUACCGCCAGACACUCUUGGCAGGCUGUCGCUGCGUGGAGCUGGAUUGCUGGAACGGAAAGGGUGAGGACGAGGAGCCCAUCGUCACCCACGGCCACGCCUACUGCACCGAAAUCCUCUUUAAGGAUUGCAUCCAGGCUAUUGCGGAUUGCGCCUUCGUGUCCUCCGAGUAUCCGGUAAUCCUGUCCUUCGAAAACCACUGCAACCGCGCCCAGCAAUACAAGUUGGCCAAAUACUGUGAUGACUUCUUUGGCGAUCUACUGCUGAAGGAGCCGCUACCAGAUCAUCCGCUGGAUCCGGGCCUUCCGUUGCCGCCACCCUGCAAACUGAAGCGUAAGAUCCUCAUCAAGAACAAGCGAAUGAAGCCAGAAGUGGAAAAGGUCGAGCUGGAGCUCUGGCUGAAGGGCGAACUCAAGACGGAUGACGAUCCGGAAGAGGACGCCAGUGCGGGCAAGCCGCCAGAGGCAGCCGCCGCCCCCGCACCCGCCCCGGAAGCAGCCGCCGCCGUCGAAGGAGCGGCCGAGGGUGGCGGAGGAGCGGAGGCCGAAGCCGCCGCUGCCAACUACAGCGGCUCCACAACUAACGUGCAUCCGUGGCUCUCCUCCAUGGUCAAUUACGCGCAGCCCAUCAAGUUCCAGGGCUUCGACAAGGCAAUCGAAAAAAACAUUGCCCACAACAUGUCCUCGUUUGCGGAAUCGGCGGGCAUGAACUACUUGAAGCAGAGCUCCAUCGACUUUGUCAAUUACAACAAGCGUCAGAUGUCGCGUAUUUAUCCCAAGGGCACACGAGCGGACUCCUCAAACUAUAUGCCGCAGGUGUUCUGGAACGCCGGCUGCCAGAUGGUCUCACUCAACUUCCAGAGCUCCGAUUUACCCAUGCAACUCAACCAGGGCAAGUUUGAGUAUAACGGCGGCUGUGGCUAUCUACUGAAACCGGAUUUCAUGCGUCGAGCCGACAAGGAUUUUGAUCCGUUUGCGGAUGCGCCGGUGGACGGCGUGAUUGCGGCCCAGUGUUCCGUGAAGGUGAUUGCCGGCCAAUUCUUGUCCGACAAGAAAGUGGGCACCUAUGUGGAGGUGGACAUGUUUGGAUUGCCCUCGGACACGGUGAAGAAGGAGUUUCGCACGCGUUUGGUCGCCAAUAAUGGCCUGAAUCCAGUUUACAAUGAGGAUCCCUUUGUGUUCCGCAAAGUGGUCCUUCCGGACUUGGCUGUGCUAAGAUUUGGCGUUUAUGAGGAAAGCGGAAAGAUUCUGGGUCAACGUAUUCUGCCGCUGGACGGUCUACAGGCUGGCUAUCGGCAUGUUUCCCUGCGCACGGAGGCUAACUUCCCCAUGUCGUUGCCCAUGUUGUUCGUGAAUAUCGAGCUAAAGAUCUACGUACCUGACGGCUUUGAGGACUUCAUGGCCAUGUUGUCGGAUCCGCGAGGAUUCGCCGGUGCCGCUAAGCAGCAAAACGAACAGAUGAAGGCGCUUGGCAUUGAAGAGCAGAGCGGCGGUGCCGCCCGAGAUGCUGGCAAGGCCAAAGAGGAGGAAAAGAAGGAGCCACCACUAGUCUUUGAGCCCGUCACGUUGGAAUCUCUGCGCCAGGAGAAAGGCUUCCAAAAGGUAGGCAAAAAGCAAAUCAAGGAGCUCGACACCCUGCGCAAGAAGCACGCUAAAGAGCGCACCUCGGUGCAAAAGACCCAGAAUGCAGCCAUCGACAAGUUGAUCAAGGGCAAGAGCAAAGACGACAUUCGCAACGAUGCCAACAUCAAGAACUCGAUCAAUGACCAGACCAAACAGUGGACCGACAUGAUCGCCAGGCACCGUAAGGAGGAAUGGGACAUGCUGCGCCAACAUGUCCAGGACUCGCAGGACGCCAUGAAGGCACUAAUGCUCACCGUUCAGGCGGCGCAGAUCAAGCAGCUGGAAGAUCGUCAUGCCAGGGACAUCAAGGAUCUGAAUGCCAAGCAAGCAAAGAUGUCGGCGGAUACCGCCAAGGAGGUACAGAACGACAAGACCUUGAAGACCAAGAACGAGAAGGAUCGUCGGCUGCGUGAGAAGCGCCAGAACAAUGUGAAGCGCUUCAUGGAGGAAAAGAAGCAAAUCGGCGUUAAGCAGGGCCGUGCGAUGGAGAAACUAAAGUUGGCGCAUUCGAAGCAGGUCGAGGAAUUCAGUACCGACGUGCAAAAGCUUAUGGACAUGUACAAAAUCGAGGAGGAGGCGUAUAAGACGCAAGGAAAAACGGAAUUUUAUGCCUAAGAUUCCCAGAUCAAUGGUCAAAAACGGGAAAGAGCACCGCGAUACCAAACAGAAUAAAAAAAAAACACAAAAAAAAAAAAAAACAAAAAAAAAAUGCUGAUUUAGCUGAAGAUGCUAACAUAUAUACUUUUCCUUAUAAACUACAUUACACACCCAUCACUCGAAAACACACACUCGCCCACAUCUUGAAAACGUAACUUAACUUACAAAUAUUUAUGUAUAUGUUUUAUGGCGGAAGCAUAAGCUUAUAUUCUUAAUACCUAGAAUUCAAAAACACUUUGUGCUUUAUAUUUAUUUAAGAUUCUGAUGAAGAUAAAAGAAUAAGGAAAAAAUGAGUCAAUGAGGAGGUCACGCAGUAAUGUGUGCAGUUUAUGGGGACUUGCUCCUCUCGAAUUGAUUGUAAUUUAUUUUGAAAAACAUAAAAAAAAAAACAACCAAUGAAAAAUAAAGGAUACCAAAAUCUUGUAAGGUAUUUUGUGCUAACAACACAAUAAAAACGGUACACCGAUAAGUAUAGACCACACACAGUGCGUUUCGCAACUAAAAGAACUAUAUUUUUGUUCUUUGAUCGGUGAACAGUUCGCACUGUACACAAUCAUAUAUGUAUACAUAACACCAACCUAACAUCCUGCCCCAUAUGUUUCAAGUGAACAACUUACAUGAGUUUCCGAUUCUCCACCUAAUAGCUUAGCCAAUUAACUAACCAGUAAGCCGAAGCCAUCAAUUAACCAGUUAAGCAAUCCAAGGCGCCCACAAUUAACCGGACAAACAACCCCAGAAAUGUUUAUGUAAUUCGGAAAAAAUAUAGUAAGAGCUUGGGGUCUUUUGAAGAGCAUUUAUUUUGCAAAAACUUCAGAGGAAUACCCUUUCACACGUCGUAUAUAAUAUAAAUAUAAAUACCAAUGUAUUAAAUGUGUAAUUCAGACAAAGAAACACCCCUACCGGCAGUUAUAUAUGCACAACACGCUCACUUACACCUACCACACACGAAAGAAAUAAUAAUUUCGGAAUUAUUAAAAACGAAAUGGUUUACUUACAUAAAAUGUACAUUUUCAUCCGCUGUGUAUUAGUUCCGAUCUUAUUUCCAAAUUAAAAACCCGAACGAGAUAAAGAUAUUGCGAUUGUGUACUACCAGAAAAAGUAGCCAAAAAUAUAUACAUAUAUACACACACGGAACAAAAAAUACAUAUGUAGAUCUAGUAAAUAUUAUACCAAAGUAAGAGACAAAUAUAACAACUUAAGAUAGA